CAAUAAGACUAGUUAUUCUGUCGAGGAAGGUCUAUGAUAUGUGAAAUGAGGAACACGGAAUACUUGUUAUUUCAUUGUUUGGCGCGAAACAACUUGUCCGGUGUCUUCGAGGCACGCUUCACCAACCUCACUUCCUUUACGUUUUAAUGACACUGAGCAAGUGAAUCUCGUACUCCGCAUCACGGUUCUUCAAACUUUCAGAUAUUUUUUGAGAAUUGAACAGGUGACCGCUUCUCGUUAUCCCGGAAAAAUGUACGAACUUAGUGAAGGAGCCUUGGACCAAAUCAUGAACGGUGUCGAGGUCGAAAAGCCGAUUUUACAGAUAUUGGGACACAAAAAGCUGCAAUCGGCGAGCACUCAGGAGCGCUAUCGCCUCCUAGUUUCAGAUGGCAAAAGAAUUAACUCAUACGCGAUGUUGGCUACACAGCUAAACUCGCUGAUUACCAACGACCAACUGACAGAGUUUUCCGUGUGCCAAGUUAAUCGAUACGCAAUUAGUAUGAUCAACAAUUCAGGAACACAGAAGAGAGUGAUGGUCAUACUCAACAUUGACGUUAAGGUUCCGGGCACUGAAGUGGGCUGCAAAAUAGGAAAUCCUACCCAGCAAGACGGCAAUGUACAGAACGGAGAUUCUACUCCUGCUGCCCGAUUAGCAGCGCCUGUACCAAAAACUAAUAAUUCCUCAAAUUCUGUUCGUCCUGGAAGACAGCAGCAAUCUUAUCUUAAUGAUUCAGUAUCCUCUGGUGCUGGUAUCUCAACUACACCGAUAGAAGCCCUGAGUCCUUAUCAAAACAGGUGGGUAAUCAGAGCUAGAGUAGCCAAUAAGUCAGCUAUAAAAACGUGGAGCAAUGCACGUGGCGAAGGUUCCCUCUUUUCUAUGGAUUUAGUCGAUGAGACUGGCGAGAUUCGCUGCACUGCAUUCAGAGAUCAAUGUGACAAAUUUUACAACAUGAUCGAGUUUGGCAAAAUUUACUACAUUUCACGUUGUCAACUGAAGCCAGCGAACAAGCAAUUCAGUAAUUUGAAAAAUGAAUACGAGAUGACAAUGACAUCCGAAACAGAGGUUGUUCCUUGUCACGACGAUUCUGACGAGAUCCCAACAGUGAAGUACGAUUUUGCACCAAUCAGUGAAAUUGAUGGGAAGGAGCCGAAUGCAAUAAUUGAUGUGCUUGGCGUUUGCAAAUCUUGUAGUGAUAUCACAACUGUAGUUGCGAGGACUACAAGAAAAGAGCUUAAGAAGAGGGAUGUCAAUCUUGUUGACGAAAGCAAUACAAUGGUUACUCUCACAUUAUGGGGAACCCAGGCGGACGAGUUUGAUGGAUCUUCUAAUCCUGUUGUUGCCGUGAAAGGUGCACGUCUUGCCGAAUUUAAUGGUGGAAAAUCUCUGUCUACCCUUAACUCGUCAGUGCUCCAGAUUGACCCAGACAUUCCCGAAGCUCAUAGGCUCCGUGGUUGGUACAACACAACUGGAUGCACAGAGAAUGUGCAUACCAUUUCUAAGGGGUUGGGCGGUGGCAGUGGGGGAAUGAAUGGUCCGUGGUUGACGUUCAAGGAGGCUAAAGACAUGCAGCUGGGCUGCAGAGAAACUCCCGACUACUUCAUCGUCAAGGCAACUAUCAAUAUGAUAAGGACCGAAAACUCUCUUUACAAAGCGUGCCCGACCGAUGACUGUAAAAAAAAACUUAUCGAUCAGUCCAAUGAAAUGUAUCGUUGUGAAAAGUGUAACAGGAACUAUCCAAACUUCAAAUAUCGACUGCUGGCCAGUAUCAAUCUCGCAGACUGGACAGACAACCAAUGGGUAACCGCGUUCAAUGAGGAGGCUGAAAAGAUUUUGGGAAUGACGGCACAAGAAAUUGGUGAAUUGAAGGAUAAUGAUGAUGAAGCGUUUCUUGAAAAGUUCGGUGAAUCUGCUUUCAAAACUUUCCUUCUCAAAUUGAGAGUAAAAAUGGAAAACUAUAGCGAUGAGAACAGAUUGAAGUCCACCGUAGUGAAUGUGACGCCGCUGGAUAUUAAAAGCUACAACAAUCAUCUGAUCGCGCAAAUUAAAGAACUUUCCAACAUGGGCAAGGCAUAAAUUUUUAGCCCAAGUUUCGAUUACUUAAAUGUUGAAACAUUAUUGUAAGGUAUUAUUAUUAUUAUUAUUAUUAUUGUUAUUGUUAUUUUCACUAUACCGAGCUUGUAACAGCGGUUUGUACAAUUUAUGCAAUGCUGAUUCGGUUUAAUGUUAUCAAUAUAUUAAGUUAAUUUAUAUAAGUGUCCCAUGAAUAUUGCUACUCUAAUGAAUAUUUUUAAUUGAUCACCAAUAUUCCACGAUCUUUGCUCUAUGUGCUCGAAUAUAUUGUACCAUUUAUAAAUACCGUAUUGUUCCGAAUAUACCCCGAGGUUUUUUUUUUUGUUAGCAUCCGCCAAAAUCGUCCUCGUCUUAUAUGUAGUUAACUAAGAAAAACUCCCUCAAAUACUGUCUUAGAAUUGGGGGUUGGCUUGUACUCUGAACAAUACGGUACAUAUAUUUACUCGUAUACUUAUUAAAAUAAACUUCGAAUUUUGCUGUAAAUUUGGUCGUAUUUUAACUCGAGAUACGUGAACUGAAAAUCGGCAGCUAUGAAGAAUGUUGGCAGUUAUGCUGAGGUCUGAUUAGCCUGGAAAUUUUCGUAGGCUCACGAUCAAUGAUAAUAACUCUAACACCCCUAAUACAUUUAUGAGAAAGCAAGUUCUGGAACUGGUAAUAUUUCGUAUCAAGGUCGUUUUUUUUUAAUUUAUGGGCAUAUUACUAAAUAAGAAAACUUGAGAAAAAUGAUUUUAAAAUGUUUUAUAAAUAAAAAAUUGAAGUUAAAGGAAAA